CAACCAAAAUGGCGGACAGAAUUUAAAAAUAGUUAUAACACUAACAUGACCGAAAGCUUUCCCCCCUUUAACGUUACUGCUGCAUUUCACUCGCAGCUCAACACUUUAUGCAUCCGAGAAUUUCCUUGUGGCUAUGGAAGUUGGGUGAGCAGAAAUUUGAAAUUGUAUUGGGCUUAAAAAUAACAUGAUACUCUAUUUCUAAAUUAAUAGAUUGCACAUUUUGUAGAGAAACGUUUGCGUGAAGAUAUGAUCUGAGACUAAACUAUUUGUUUCAUUUUGAUAUAAGAGAGCGCCUAAUGUUAGCAGUAAUAUAAGUUUGAAGAGCACUGGUAUACUGAAGGGCACAAGAUCAUCUGCAACAGUACCAGCCAUUUUAGCAGGUAAUUAGCUACGUAGUAAGUACGAGUAAGAGAUUUUGCAAACUUGGUAGGGAAAUUUGGGGCCAAGAAAUCAACAGUUUUUCUACUGGAAAAGUUCCCUUGUCCCAAAUCUUUACCAUUGCCAGCAUAAUUCAUAUAGUUUAUGUACUUCUUUUGAACAGAAGGAUAUUCUUUUUACAUGGCUGCUAAAAUAGAUCAGCUGUCUUCAUAAUUAUGUACAUGUACGUACCAAACUGUUGGUUUUCUUGACUCUCUUUUAAACGUGAACUUCUGAAAUCCCUUUCCUCUUUUUAAUACAUAUACCUCCAAAAUACUUUUUCUUUUAAGUAAUAUAGCUGAUGAAAUGUUGAAGUCCUUUUCAGUAGAUAUUUUUCUUUCAAGCUACAUUUUCACUAAUUGCAUCAGUGGAAGGCACUGUCAUGCGUACGUCAAAAUCGUAAUUGCAGAAACAACUUCAGUACAUUUUUAACAAUUCCAGCCAAUUUCACUAUAAACUAAAAUAGUUAGAUUUCGUUAUUUUCUAUGUAUGAUGAACUGUUCCCAUUUAGAGAUUUUAUCACUGCUUUAUAGUAGGCACAAGCAAUAAAUGAAGGAGGCAAGAUUUUAGAGAAACUGUGGAGCUGCGUCAGUGGGAGAUGUUACACAGGGUAAUUUAGUGUUAUCAACCCAGUUAAUAAUGCAAAUUGGCCACAGUAAAGAUUUCAAAAGCGGAGGCUUUGAGCAUUAGCAAUUCAAUUGCUCUGACAAAGGGCUAAUGCUCAAAACAUCAACUUUUAAACUCUUUACAGUGGUUAAUAUAUAUUAUCAACUCAGUUGAUAAUACUAAAUCACCCUGUUCUGCAAGAAAUAAAUGCUGACAUUCAUUCCUUAAUUAAUUCAUAUGCAUAUAAAUGAAAAAAUUCACUUAUUCAUUCAUUCAGAAAAAAAGUAGAGGUCCUGUAUCUUGCAAUUAUUUCUUUUUUUUCCUGUUCCUUGAUAGAAAACAGUGCUCAGUUGGAGACAGUUGAAAGUCUUCAAGAGCUGGCUGUAAAGAGUCCUUAUGGUGUGGACUGUACAUGGAGCAGUGAAGCUGAGAGUUUGCGUGAAAUUGCUGUCAAGACACCAGAUAAACUUACAGAAGCCUUUAUUCUGAAAUUCUUUAAGUCCCUUAGAAUUGUUGAUAAAAAGGUGGUUACAUCAUGUCUUGUCAUUUAAUUUACCAAUACUUGUCAACUUGAUAAUGAAAAUGAAAUUAAAACAAUUUUUUUGAAUAUCCAGUGUAAGUACUGCCUGUUUUCUACUGAUAAUUUACUUUUAUUGAAUGAUCAAAGCUAUUGCUAAGAUCAGCUCUGUAGUAAUAGACAAUGUAUGUGUUCUGUCUUACUAAAAAAAGUGAAAUAAGUAUCACAUGAAUUUUUAAUGGUGUUUCAUGUAUUGUUGAUUGUUGUAACAAAUGAUAUCUAAUUUAUGGUUUUUUUAGAGCAAAUUUCAUUUGAUUACUAGUAAUAUUUUAGUAGUGUUUUUAAGCCAAAAAAUCAUUGUUGGUCAAUUUCCACUCAUAAGUCAUACUGUGUCUAUUUAAUCAGGUCACUGAAAUUGAUGAUGGUCUUCUUCAACUGAGAAAUCUAAAACAACUUACCUUGAGUGCAAAUUUAAUCAGGAAUAUUGAUUCAAAGAGACUUCCAAAGGGAUUAGAGGUAUGUUCCUUAUAUUUACCUCAUAAUGAUUAAGAAAUAUGGUUAAAUAUAAGAAACCAAAUCUCUUUAUCUCCUCUAAGUUUAAAAUUGAUGAAAAAAUGAAGAACAUCAUGAAAGCUAAAGGUCUGUGGAAGUUAAGGAUGUCGUAACAGUGUAAUUUUUACUUAAUAAAUUGAAAUCGAGAGCCUAAAAUUCAAACAAUUCACUGUUUUCUAUUUCCAGGAGUUGGAACUUGCAGCCAAUCAAAUCUCAGACAUCAGUCCUUUGUGUGUAUCCCCCCCACCCCUUAUCCAUUUGGGAAUCAGCUACAAUCUGAUUUCUUCUAUCACAGGACGUAUGAAAGCAAAUUCAUGGUACUUAUCACAACAUUUUCACAUCUAACUAUAUUAGAUGCUGGACAAACUCUUUACCCAAUGGUUAUCAAUCUCUUUGCAAACUAAUACUGGCUUCAUGCUCUCGCUUGAAGCCACUCUCACUUUAAAAACAAGUAAAUCACAACCUUGUCCACAUCUGUCCUAAUUAUUAGUUUACUGAACUUAGGAAUAAGGUACAUGUUCAUUCCCCAGCUGGAUCAUUGUGGUUCUUGGUUAGGAAACCUGACCCUGACAAGUGCCUUUUUUUUCACCCAGGGGGAACAUAUCAAUAUAUAUUUAAAAAAAGAAUUUUUGUACAUGACUCUAGGAAUUUUGAAAGUUACUCAAUUCAUAUUUAGUCUAUGUGGUCAUCAGAUGAAAACUACAGACAAACUGCUUUUAAAAUAUAAUUAAAACUUUUUUUUCUUGAUUUCCUAUUUAGGCCACAACUCUUAUCUCUGGAUUUAAGCUUCAACAAUCUUGCAGAUUUGUACAACACCAUCAAUGUGCUCAAAACGCUACCAAAACUGAAGAACCUUGUUCUUCAAGGAAAUCCUUUAGCAGUAAGUUUUCAAAUAUUUGCUAUUCUACCUUCCCUGGGUAUGACUCUUGUAGAACAGCAUUUUGAGAAAAAAAUUGAUGUAUUUCAUUGCUAGGUAUAUUUUUAUAAAAUUUUGCCAUCAAUUUGUUAACAUUGGCACGUAAGAGGCAUUUUGAUUUUAAAUCAGAAGGGUCCUUAGGAGAGACAAGCUUCAAGUUAUCAGGAAGACACAGUUCUCUGGGUUGAACUUGCACAGCUGCUUAGCAGAUGAUAGUGUCAUUUGAUUUUCAAUUGUUUCCUAAACUAAGUGUCUUGCAUUAAUUUUUGCAGCUUGUACCAGGUUACCGUGGUUACACAAUCGACUCCAUUCGUCAACUGACAAUUCUGGAUGAUAUCAGAAUAUCAGCUGAUGAAAAGCAUUUUUUUAAGGGGCUCUCAAAACUGAAAGGUAGGCCUCUGUUUCUCUCCAUUUGAAAGGUAUUGAUCAUUAAAUUUUAGAAGUAUUACCAUAAUUGAUAGUAUUAAAAGUAAAGUAACAUCAAGCAUAUGGCACUAGGUAAAUCUUAAGAAUACUCAUUGAUCUUUUUCAGAUGUUCCAGUUGAUGAUGCUCAGAUACUGGUGUCCAUUAAGAACAUUAGAGGUGUUAAAAUACCUCCAGAGAUUGAGGUCAGUUUAAACUGACUGCUAUUACUACUGGUUGGAGAGGGUGUAUUGAAUAAGAUUGCUCUAUACUGAAAAGUUUAGGGUUUGAACCCAGACCCGCUCAACUUCAAGGCCAGCUCACUUAUCACCCAAUGAUUUUACUUCCUCCAGAUCAAAAUACAUUUUUAAUCCUUUAACCCCCAUUAUCAUAAAACUUCACCUUGUGGUUUGAAUUUGUUAUCUUGGAAAAUGUUACAAAAACAGACAAGGUUAUCAACUAGAGGGUGACCACAAAAAUUCUUUUGUGAUAUUGAGCAUCUUUUCUAAGUUGACAUGCUGGUAUUAAUUUGUUAUAAAAUGGGGGUGUAGUGCAAGACACUCUAUCAGUUUGGAACAGCUAUUGUGUAACUAGUGCUACUGCCAUUACAUUUCAAAUGACUUUUGUUCCACAGGAUCCUGAAAUAAAUACAGACUACCCCAAGACUGAACACAAAUAUCAUGUAGAAUUCCAAUUCCUUAAAAGUGCACCCACAACUGGGUUGUGUGAAUCACCUGCCCUGUCAGUACCAACCAUCUCUAUCACUGCAGAUGAUGCACAGAGUGAAGUCCAGGAAGAAGGCACAGUUGAAGAAAAUGAACCUAAUGAAAACUCUGGUAAGUUAGUUUGUUGAUAAUUAUAGUUAAACUGGAAUGUUUUUAAUUUGGAUCAUAGCUCUAAUGGUCCAUGAGUGAAUGACUUGCCAACAUUGACAAGUCUUUUCUCCUUACUUGGCUAUAUUAGUAAUUGCCUCUCUCUCUCCCCACCCUCAGUACAAUAUUGAUUUUUCUCUAUCUAAUGUAACAGUUGUGGCUGUUCAGUACUGUUUUUUUCCUCAGUGAGGGUACCCAGUUUUUUUGCCUCUGAUGGUAAGAUUAAGUUAUUGAUCUUGCAUGGGAAUUUAUUUUACACAAAAAUAGCAACCUAACCUAUUACUGCUACCUAAAUAUUAAUCUCUCAAAAUUAAUUCACUUGGAUGUCAGAAGUUAGAAGCAGUUCUAUGCCAGAGAAUCAUCCCAUGGUUGAUAUAUGGAGCAAUGGGCAGAAAUGCUGAAUCUUGAUGCAAUUUACAGGCAUUCUAAUGAUGUUUUUCUUUGCAUUAAUUCAUUAUCAAUAAUAUAUUAUUCCUUACAGGUUUGUUCCAAUCAGUAGCAACAAGAAGUUUACCAUGGAAUGAGGACUGUAUAGAUCUUGACUACAGCAAGAAGUUCCACACUCGUUUGUUGAUCCCAUUGAGAGACUUCAUUAAAGAUGGAAUAACUUUCACUGUUGUUAAAACCAAACACAUGUAUGUUGUGGAGGACCCUAAUGCAACAGCACAGAGUGAAGAAACCAAGCUACCAGCUUCAGCUAAAAGUAAGAUAACACACUUCUUUGUGGUGCUACUACCGUGAAAAAAAUUGCACUUCUCAAUCUCUCUUGAUUUCCAAUGCUAUUUUCAGCUAAGAGGCAAUAUGCAAAUUAUUACAACUCAAUUUAAAAAAAGGAAGCCUGUUGAGGCAGUGCUCUGGAUGCUGGUGUGAGGUUUUCAUGGCAACGUGCUCUAAUCUGCUGUUUUUUGUGAGUGGCAUAUAUAUAACUUCAAAAUCAAGUUGUUGUUAGGAAGAUUUAUCACUCAAACCCAUCAGUAUGAAACAAACGUAUUUAUUUAGUAAUGAAUUAUCACAAUGUAUAAGUAUUUUGGAUAAUAGUCAAUCAAAUAUUUUCUCUCCUUUCUACCCAGGUCGACCAGGAAGUAAAAUGCAGAAAGUUCCCAGCAAGGAGAAGAGAAAAGAGUCAGCAAAACCAAAAGAGAAGGUUUGUAAUUGAAUCAACUAUUCCUCAGAAAAAAUUUCAUAACUAAGGAAAGAAGUUUUUCCUUCAAGGUUGUGUGUGCUUUCCAUAUUUAGUUUGAUUAUCCUCCUCUGGAAUAUUGGUUAUGUUCUGAUGUGUGAACCUGAAAAGCUGACUUUCAAUGGGAAUUCAAAGCCUCUUUUUUAACCUUUUAACUCCUAAGAUCUCUUGAGUAAUUCUCCUUACUGCCUGCUUUACAAUUCAUAUGGUGUUAGUUUGAAGAAUUUGGAAUUGGAUCUACCAAUAAUCCCCUGAUUGAAAUUUUUCUUUAUUCUCAUAACUUGUCUGAUUGAUAUUGUACUGAUAGUGUAAGGAGAAAUUCUCUCUGGGUCACAAGUGGGACUUAAAGGAUUAACGCAAAUGUGAAUGUUUAUGGGACGAGUGCCUGAAUUAAAUCUUCCAAACAACACAAUGUGAAUUUUUAAUUUAAAUUUCCAGGCCAAGGAUGGAAAAGGCAAGAAAAAUAAACAGGAAGAUAUUGAGUUAUUCGAGCUUCCAAGAACUCGCUACAUACUGGGAUCUUGUCAAGUUCCACUGAAUUCUUUACUGGAAGGAGAACUGGAAGUGGAAACAGAGAGUGUAUGUGAAGGGGGAGAGGAGACUGGAGAUAGUGAUAGAAAAGAUGCAGGAUCUGGUUCCAAGUCUGAUGUUAGUGACAAGAAGAGGCAGAGCAAAGGUUAGUUAAAACUUGGUGUGUGGUGGUUUUCAGUGAUAUGUAGUGGCCUAGAGGUUUUAGUAUAACAACUGGGUUGAAAACAUAAAUUAGCCACCGUAAAGGUAAAAAGCUGACGUUUGAGCGUUAGCCCUUCGUCCAGAUUAAGAACUCCAGGUAGAGCAUGGUCCCUUUGUUGUUCUAGUGUUUUACGUUUCCGAACUGCCUAGAUGUAAGUUCCUGGGUUUAGACACUUUACCCUCAUAUUACCUCUCUGCACUCAGGAGUGUACAUGUGUAAAACUUCUCUAUCAAAAAAUGUGACAAGUACUAAGAGGUUAGCGGUGAUGAACUAACAUCCAGCCUGGGGCAGAGUAGGAGAGUAGCAUUACUCUAUCACAUUGUGCUGCACACAAUCAUUAACAGUACAUGGGCCAUGUAGCCUCUGGUUUUGUUAUAGAUAUGGCUUGUGAGAAAGUGAGUUUAUUUUUCUCUUUAGAUUCUACUGAUAAGCCAUCAAAAGGGAACCAACGUGCAGGUACUCCAGGAAAAGCAAAAGGUGGCCAAGGAAGGUCAAGUAAAGAUGAUAAAAAAACAAAAGAAAAAGAUAAACAGGAGGAAAACGUGGAAGGUGAGGAAGAAUCAACUUCUCCACCACCAUUGACAAUACAAGUGCAGAUCAAACUUCAUUACUGGAAAUCUGCCAGGGAAGCUGCACAAGAGUUUUUACCUCAAGGCAUCCCCUCUCACACAGAACAAAACUAA